CUCCAACUUUGACACACGAACAACGCCGGAGUCUACCACAAUCUUUAUGCUAGUAAAGAUUAUAGUAGUAUAAAAUAUAAAGAUUAAAAUUUGGGAUAAUAAUAAUCUUGUAUAUUUCUAUAGAAAAUAUUUCUAAUAAUAUUUAGAAAAUAUUAUAGAUAUUUUUGUUGGAAUGCAUGAGUUCAACCCUUUCUGUGUUGUUAAGUGUUGACUCACAGAAUGUUGAAGGCAGGGAUAGGAGAAGGGCAAUCCACUGUAAGGCCGCCAUUUUUUGAUGGAACAAAUUACUCCUAUUGGAAGAAGCGAAUGAGGAUUUUUGUUCAAUCAAACGACUUCAAAAUUUGGCUUGCUAUCAAAAAUGGAGAUAGCUUGCCGAUGAAGAAGAUAGGCGAUACACUCAUCCCGAAGGACGAGGAUGAAUAUGAUGAAGCCGACUUUAAGAAGGCUCAAUUAAAUGCCACCGCCAUCAACUUCUUGUAUUGUGUUGUCAAUGCCAACGAUUAUCAAAAGAUAUCUCGUUGCCAAACCGCCAACCAAAUGUGGAACAAGCUCAUGAUCACAUACGAAGGUACGCCUCAAGUUCGUGAAUCAAAAAUUGAUUUACUAACCCAUGAAUAUGAGCUAUUUGCUAUGAAAGAGAACGAACUUGUGGAGGACAUGUUUGGAAUAUUUUCAAACAUCGUCAACGACCUUGAUAUGCUUGGAAAGACGCUCACCGACAAGGAGUUAGUGAGGAUUGGAAAAUCCUGCGAAGUCUUACCAAGGAAUGGGAGUCAAAGGUUAACUCCAUCUACGAAGGCCGAGAUUACAACGUCAUUACAUACGACGGUCUCGGAGAUGAAAGGAGUAUAAAAUUCUAGCCUCCAAAAUGAAUUUUUAAGCCUUAAUGAAUUUUACAAAUCCCUCUUCAAAUAUUCAAAAUCCUCUUCAAAAUCUUCCCAAUUUUAUUUCAAAUUUUGAAAAUCCAAACUCAAACCAAAAAUAUUGUCUCAUACAAAGCAUUCCUCCACCAAAAAAUGGUCUCAACCAAACUCAAACCAACAAUCUAGGAUUAUUCUACCGUGCGGUCCACCUUUCCCAUUGAUUACUCCAUCGUUCUAAAGCCUUUUCAUUUCGAUUUUCGGAGCUUCCUCUUCGUAUCCUUAUUGCGCAACUCUUGGUGAACUUAUCUUGGGGCUGGAUCACGAUGAAUCGUAAGUCAACGCCUACGAUGCACUAUUCAUCAACGAGCGAGAACUUCGAUUUCAUCUCAAUUCGAAAUCAAUUGGAGGCCAUACUUUGGAUAUUUUGGACAACCUUGAGUGCACUUUCAAGAUUAUUGCGGGAGCAACGGGAGUUUUUGCCUUCAAAUAAUGGAAGCAAAUACUAUACAUGAACAUAAUUCUCCAGUCAGACAUAAUUCUCUAUUUGUUUCCAACUUACAGGUUCAAGAAUAUAAUAUGUUGAAGCUGCCACACUUUGUCACUUCUGCGAGACUGUGACCCUUAUAGGCCUUGAUGAGCUAAAUGCUAACCUGAUUCCAUUGAGCACUGCUUUCACUGAGAUUCUGUAGAUUCAUAUACAAGACUAUAUUUUAGGGCUAAUUUGAUAUUUUUAUUUAAAAAAGCAUUCUUCUUUCAGUUUCCUUAGCAUUUUUUCAAGCAAAACCAAACAUAAUAACAACUUUCUUUAGCAAAUUUUAUUUUUCCCUAGAACUUUUUUGUGAUCCCAAUAUUCCCUAAGUGUGUUAUAUGUUGCCCCACUCAUGGAAGACCACAUAUGUUGCCCCACUCAUGGAAGACCACUUUGACAUGAAAAACCAAAAUGGACACAAUGCUCUGGAGUGUGUCCGUCCAUUUUUUAUUUAAAAAAAAUAAAAAAUGGUAUAAUUCAAACACACGUUGCCAAUAAGAACAGAACCUUGAGCAAGCAAUGAGAGAGUCCAGUCUCUCAAUGAUUUGCUGGUUCCGACAGUUCAACCGUACAUUUCUAUUCGGUGAGUGAAUGACAUAAUUCAAAUUUCUUAUAUUCAAUGCCAAGAUCAUAUUGCAUUUCCUUGAUUUACAACUAAAGAUAUGUUCACCAAAGGCUAUUUCAAUUUUGGACCUUGUAAUAUGUGCAUUAACUUCUUUUUCCUUUCUUUUAUACUUGUGUGUUAUAGAAUACGUCUUUCAUCCUAUUCGAAAAGUAAAACCCCUCUCUUUUUUUAUAUCAUUUUAUUCCUAUACCAAAAGAGUUUUUUCUAGGCAAUGCUAACUCCACUUCACUAUUUUCAUUGAACACCUGAGCAGAUUCAUCCACAUUUAUAUGAGGCAUUAAUGGAGGUGCAAUAGAUGCUGAAACAGGCAUAUAAAUUCAUGGAUACCAAAUUAAAGAGCCUCUUGUUGCAGGAAGAGCAGGUUGUUGUUUGCUAUGAAAACCAAAAAUCAAGAUGUCUAUUAUGGGGAAUUUCACCUCCUGCUCCUUCACUGAACUUGUCCCUUCAAUAACAUGUUCAACCAACUCCAUGGAAUGGCUAGAGAUUAUACGUUCUAGGUGGCUGUCUCCAACAAUUAGUUCUUGAUUCACAAUGACCAUUUACGUAGUUAUUGGGUUUCUGCUGGCAGGUGGGAGAUUGAAGUUCAAUCCAUGAAGAUUCUCAAGGAUUAGGUUCCUCACUUGUUCCUCUGUAGGAGCAACAACCUGUAUCAUAGGAAUAUGAUGGAUUGAAGAGGCAGGCAUGUAGAAUAUGCAAAUUGUAAGGAAAAUGAUGUAAAUAUUAAUAAUAUUUUAAAUGUAUG